AUGACAAUAACAACCCAGCAAAAUAGGAGCAUAGCAACUGAAAUGAGCAGUCCCAGUAGUUUGCCCAGUAGUGAUGAUGACGAGGGUCAGGAAUUCUUAAUUAACACGAGAGAGAGGAGACAAAAUGCUGGUAACAAACUUAAGAAACUAUUAGAACAAGAAUUGCAAGAAAUGCAAUCCACUACACAGCAACUGGACGAAGAUGAAAUAGAUCUGUUAUUCCAAGAGGACGAGGAGGACGAGGAGUUUGAAGUAGAGGAAAAUUCAGAAGAGGAUGGUGAACAACUAGAGGACGUGGAAGAGGAAGAGCAAGAAGAAAAAUCACCUCAUUUGAAGAUACGAGCUGAUGAAGAUGACAACGAUCAGGAUUUGAUGCUAAGUGAAUCCGGUGGUGAGGAUCAGUCCAAUGACGAUGAAGCAGAUGAUGCUGGUGAAAGGGAAUUGCAAAGACAAGAACGAUUGAAAAGAAAGAGAAAGCAACAGAAACAGAAGGGACCCGUGAUAUUACGAAAGAGAAAGCCCUCUGUCACUACAAAAGAUGAAGAAACUCCUGUGACAAAAAGGAAACAUUCAUAUGAUGACAUAAACGCAGGGAGUUUAUUACAAACUGAUAGAAGAACGUCCAAAAGAUCUUCUGUGGUUGCAAAUAAGUUGCAAGUGUAUGAGAAACUAUCAAAGGCAGAAGAGAAAAGGAAAAUGAUAAGACAGAGGAUGCAGAAACAUAAAAAAUAUCAAUCCGAACAUGUGCUGACACAAGAGGAUAGAAUGAGAAUUGCAUUAGAGACAGAAAAAUUCAACAUUCAGAGUUUGGACAAAUAUAAAGAGCAGGAACUUUCAAAGAAGCAAAAUAGGCUGGCCAUGCAACAAAGACAAAAGAUGAAGUUUAAACAACAUGAACUGAUUUUGAGAGAUUUGUCAACUACCUGGCUUGUAACACCUCUGAUGGAAAUAGAAGAUGCUCGUUAUUGGAGUACUCAAUUGAGUAAGAGAGAGAAGAAGAAAAGAAAGUAUCCAAAGAGACAAUCAAAGAAGCAAGAGAAUGUAGAAGUUAAUAAGUCCACGACUAUUACUGAUGCUGCAAAGCUUGGAGGGGAAGAACAAAAUGCAAUGGAAAAUAAACAGGAAACAACAGCGCUUACUUCGGUGCCGACAGAUUUGCAACAGCAGAGUGAAAUCAAGAAUAUAUCAUCAGCCCACACAACAGAAAUGACUGACCAAAUAGAUAAGCCAACAAAUGCACUUGAUGAGCAUGAUGAACCAACUAUGACAGACAAUGUAUCUCAGUCAUUAAAAGAUUCUACAACAGGAGGUGAUAUUCCAACCCUGACAGCAUCUGUGCUGAACGAUGAUAAGACAACAAGUGUUCCAGAGCAGGAAAUUCUAACUUCAACAGCCAAUACGACUGAACUGCCGAAAGAAGAUGAGCCACCAUCAAAAACGAAUCUAAGUAUCAAAGAACAGGCACCAGAUACUGAUGCCGUGGUUAAUCAGAAACCUGAUUCUCCAAAUCCUGCCUCAAGUAAUUCAACAGAGCCAGAAAUUUCGCUGAAAAAGACCAUUAAUGCUCCAGUCGCAGUGGGGGACUCUAAUGGCGUAACUGUUAAAGAACCCAUAAUAAAAACAGAAAGUUUACAAGAAGAGGUCAUUACAAAACAAGUUUCCUUUGUUGCUAAUCCAGAAAUCACUAUUAUUGACCCAAACGAUACUCCGUUAACAGUCAGUGCUUCAAAAGAGGUAACACCAGCUUUAUCGGAAACGCCGAACUUGUCAGAUACCACAAACACCAUUGAUGAUGUGGAAGAAGAUAACGAAGAAUUAAUAUAUGAGGGACCAAACCAAAUGGUGUCUAAAGAUUUUGUCAUAUUAUAUAGAUGUGGAGAUGGUACUUAUAAUAGGGACGUUCACGCUGAUUUAUUUGGCCCUGAUUGGUCUCUUGCUUCACACCAACGUUCGUUAGAUGUGGAAACAAUAUUCAAGUCAUCUUCAUUAAAUGAAAAAAACGAUCUCAUUGAAGGAGAAAAUGAAAAUUUGCUGAUUAAGGAAGUGGAUUUAUCAGUAUUAGAUAAUUUCCCCUCCUUUGGUGAGUAUGAUAAAAAAGUUAUUCAUCACAUUGAUUCAAAUGAUGAUAAGAAUAGGGAAUUAAAAUUGAAGACAGCUUCACCAACUGGGGUCUACCUACCGUGUGGCUUACGCAAAAAGUGUUUGAUAACAAAUAAAAACAGUCAGUAUUUCGAUCCAAAAAAUGGUAUCCCAUAUUCAGAUUUGGAGGCUUAUAAGAUAAUUCAAGAAUUACAAGAUCCCAACGGUUCAUUCAAGUGGUUUGGUUUUAAGAAUGGUGGAAUUUUCUUAAAUGUUAAACAGAAACCUGCAAAUGGUGUUCCUGAAGGAUUUUAA